UUUAUAUCUUUUCAGAUCAUAAACAGAAAUCUUAACUUUUUGCUGUACUGGAAAUUAUGUAUUAGCAAGUCAAAACAUUUUAUUCCGGGGAGCUUCAAAUAGUUCCCCUUUUCGAUGUCAAACCCAAUUAAUAACUCUCGAAUUUAAAUCAUGUUCUACCAAUUUCAGUGCAAAAACCAGGAUUUGUCUAUUGCUUUUUAUCAAAAAUUUACAUAUAAAAUAUUAUGGUUUCCAGAUGCAUCAAAAGUUAGACUUGUGGAUGGAAAAUCCCUUUACAAAAAUGGCGUUGAAGUUUAUGAGGGACGCUUAGAGGUGUUUUACAAUAACGAAUGGGGCAAUGUCUGUGAUAAUGGCUUCAAUCAGACGUCAGCUAGAGUGGUUUGUAGAAUGUUGGGAUUUGAAGGUAAUGCGGUGAUGAAUUUAAAUUAUCGUUAUGGAAAUAAGCCAAUAACUCUUGACGAUGUUACAUGUAUUGGUUCUGAAAAGGACAUAAUGGACUGUAAACAUACAACCUGGCGAACUCAUAACUGCAAUCACGAAGAGGAUGUAGGCGUUCGAUGUGAGCAGAUGUGGAGAAUAAGCAGAUUUAAAGAAGACGUAGUACUUGAGUUUUUCAUGAAUAAUUCCUAUGUGCAAGUGUGUAACACAAAUGUUGCUGACGAAAAGGUGUGCCAAAUGCUUGGUAUUGAAAGCAAAGAUUUUGCCAUCGAUGUCAUUCCUUCAUCCCAGAAAGCUCGACGCUUUGUGGAUUUGAACUGUAAGGGAACCGAAAUGCUGUUAUCACAGUGCAAAAGAACGAUUCAUUUACUGGGUGAAUGCAAGGCUAGGUCGAAUGCUUUUAGAUGCUUUGGGCAGAGACUGACACACGGUAAUACACCUUACAAUGGACGAUUAGAGCUUCAUCAUGACGGACAGUGGGGAACUGUUUGUGAUGAUGGUUUCGGCGAUGACCAGGCAUCUGUAGUUUGCAGAUAUUUAGAACUAUCUUGGAAUGGACGGUUUUCCUACGAGUUUAAAGAUUGGAGUGCCGGUUCAAACUACCUACUAGACGACAUUGUCUGUACCGGAAGAGAAUCAAGUAUAGUAAAAUGCAGACACACGUCCUGGAAUACUCACAACUGUGACACCACACACAGAGAAGAUGUUGGUAUUCAAUGCUCACCAGAUGAAAUGGCUCUUACACUUGAAGGUGGCAAUAAGCCGAAUGAAGGAAUAGCUCAGAUUAUGUUAGGGAAACAGAGAACCAAUAUAUGCAGCUUGGGAUUCGAUAAAAAAGAUGCCAUCGUCUUUUGUCGGGAAUUUAACGGUAAUUACCGACAUGUUGUAGUAGUAUCAAGGCAUACAUGCAAUACAUCAUCAGACGACAUAUAUCAAGAAAGUUUCAACUGUACUGGAAAUGAAACAAAGCUUGUACUCUGUCCACGUUAUUCUGUAAGAUGUCCAAGUGAAUCGAAAGCAGCUAUCGUCUGUGAUCCAACACAUUCUUCAGUGGAGUUAGAAGUACCAUCCCCUAUGAUAGUUAAUAAACCUGUGAAUAUAACAUGCUCUGCCACCGGUGGUAGUCCAGUGCCUGACAUUUGGUGGAACUGUUGUAAUGAUGACAACGCUACACAUGUGGUAUUGUCUGAGAAUCAGAUAUUGUCAGUUUUAGAAUUUAUGCCUUCCAGAGAAUGUAAUGCAGAGACAUGUACGUGUUUUGUUCAUCAUUCUGAGACGACGUUUCCUGAAAUUCAAAAAGCAGAAAACCUUGUAGUGUAUUAUCCUGUAAGAGGUGAUUUGAAUGUAACAGUUCCAAUUCUUAUUGAACAUCAUCAAGACAUUUUGACAUGUGAGGUUUUUGACGGAAAUCCUUUGCCAGAUAUUUGGUGGACAUGCAGCGGAAUGCCAUAUGAUAAUGUCACAUCGGUUGUCACACACAAUUCAUCUACUUCGAUCUUGUAUUUGACACCCACUGCUGAUUACCACAAUAAAACGUGUACCUGUAUCGGGAGGCAAAUUAACACAACGUUUGAAGAAAUAUCCAAACCAGCAGUGUUGCAUGUGUUAUAUUCAGUAAAUGAGGUGACAGUGUCUUCCACUGACCUCUUGGCUGGACUCCGAUCUUAUCUCAUUUGCCGGGUUGCUGGUGGUAAUCCAAAGCCAGAUGCAAAAUGGUUUUGUGAUGGCGAAUUGCAAACAUUUUUUUUAAUUAGAUCACCAGACGCCGUAAUAGCACUGAUGUCAUUUAUUCCAACUGCAGCUCAUGAGGGCAAGCGAUGUACAUGUGUUGUAAGCCAGCCUGGAACAAUUUUUAACGAAUUGUCACAAUCAUUGGUUCUUCGUGUAACACGAGUAAACAACGAAACAAAAAAUCGAUUUGUGAACGAAGGAUUAAGCACUCUCGAUGAAACGACAGUUCACCAAAUUUAUAGUACAAAUGAAGACAUAAAGGCCAGAUCUGUGACUGAAGGCUAUGCAGUUGGCGGAUAUAGCACUGUGGAGGAAACGACAACUCUUCAAUCGUAUACUCGAAAUGAUGUCAUAAAAGCCAAAUAUGGUACUGAAGGCUAUGCGGGUAAAAUAACAGAAACAAAAAUUGGCGGAUAUAGCACUGCGGAGGAAACGACAACUCUUCAAUCGUAUACUCGAAAUUAUGUCAUAAAAGCCAAAUAUGGUACUGAAGGCUAUGCAGUCAGCAGUACAUACAGAAAAGAGCCGAGUAAACAAAUGACAACUUCUCUGAGCAGUGAAUCUAAUGAAGAAUCAUUUACAAAUGGCAGUCAAUACGUCAACACUACAGACAAUGACUCUCUCUCGCUUUUAACACAGGCUAAUGAAACCAAAGGAGAGUUAUAUCUUACACGGACAAAGGAAGAUACAACUGCCAAGUCCUACACAGACAAAGGCACAGAUAGGAGUAUGGAUGAUUCGUCUGGAUUAACUAAGGUACAUGUAUCAACAAUUGUCGGCGGUAGUAUCGGCCUAGUCGUGCUCUGUAUCGUCAUAUUCAUCGUCUUCAAAUUAAAGAAAAAAACAGAAUUAGCAGAGAAAGCCGAUUAUAGUUAUGUGAAUGCUGUAUAUCAACCGCCUGAAAGCCAAAACAGUGAAAACGAACCUAUAUUCACAGAAUAGUUGGUUUUGUCUUGAGUAUAAUAUUGUAACGAUAACGUGAAAAAAAAUUAUUCAGAACACCUGCAAUAUAUGUUUCUUUUUAACUUAUUUUUAAGUUAUUUUGUAAUGUUUUUAUCUAUUUGUUGUAUUGUAGAUUGUUUAGUUUGAGUAUAAGUGCCUCUUAUUUAUACUAAAAGUCAAAAUGGAUUGGAACCAAGUAAAGCAUUAUUCUCUGCAUUAUCAAGCCUGUUGUAUUUUGAAACAAUCAAUAUUUAUGAAUCAAUGUAGCAGCAAUUGAAAUUUUUUUUUCAAAGGAAUGCGAAAGAUACAAAAGGGACAUUCAAACUUAUAAGUCUUUAACUCAAUUAAAAUCGCAAACCCUCGAUCGUUACGCUAAGAAACAGUUGAA